AUGAGCCAACCACCGUUAAUUUAUAGUUUUGUGGCUAAAGGGAGUGUUGUGCUUGCUGAAUACACUCCCUUUUCGGGGAAUUUCAGCACUAUUGCUGUCCAAUGUUUACAGAAUUUGCCUCAAAAUAAUAAGAAAUUCACCUUCUCAUCUGAUUGCCACACAUUCAACUUCCUGGUUGACAAAGAAUUUGUGUUCCUCGUGGUAGCUGAUGAAGCAGCUGGAAGAAGUGUUCCAUUUGUGUUUCUAGAACGUGUCAAGGAUGAUUUCAUGCACCGCUAUGGACAAAGUAUCAGUGGUAACAACUCCCAUCCACUCAUUGAUGAGGAAGAUGCUGAUAUGUUUGGGGACAGAUUUAGCACUGCUUACAGUCUUGAUAGGGAAUUUGGUCCAAGGCUGAAGGAGCAUAUGGAGUAUUGUAUAAAUCAUCUAGAGGAAAUGAGCAAACUUUCAAAGCUAAAAGCUCAUAUAACUGAGGUUAAAGGAAUAAUGAUGGACAAUAUAGAAAAGGAUUUGAUGACAAUGUGA